AUGAGUGAAGGCGGUCUCCAAGAGCAUGGAUACAGGCUGGUGCUACGGCGAACCAUUGAUCUCCAAACCACACGCCUUCGAAUUAUCAUCAAUCUCUAUUACUCACUUUAUUUCGUCGUACACCACUUGAUGGCAGAGCAUUCACACGAGAACGAAAUAGUGCCGAGUAUUGCAGAGCCUUCGAGCCUAGUACGCUCAGAACAAUGCGUUAUUUGUCUUGAUCUCAUCUCCGAGAAGGCAGUCGCCUUACCUUGUCAGCAUGAACAAUUUGAUUUUCCCUGCCUAGGUACAUGGCUCCAACGACAGCAGGUCUGCCCGUUAUGUAAAGCCGAAGUCAAGGCUAUCAAAUUCAAUUUCGAUGAGCUAGCAAAAGGAGGAAGCAAGAUCUUCCAUCUGCCUGCGCUUGAAUUCCCGUCUUCAGGACGACGUGGCAACGGUACUGUUGGGGGUCGUGACCGACAGCGAAGACUGAGGCACGGACGACAAUAUUCAAGAGAAGGGCGAAAUUUACCGGCGGGAAAUGCACAUACUGAAGAACGAAAAGAAUCGUCCCUCGACUUUCGCAGGCAUGUCUACCGCAACCAGCUCUAUUCCCUCCACGUCGGGACCAAUCGAAUCUCGCGCUACCGCAAUCUUGCACCAGCAUCUUUCAUUCAGGACGAACGUCUAACAUCCAGGGCCCGAAUGUGGAUCAGACGAGAGCUCCAAGUCUUUGACUUCCUGAAUUCAAAUUCGUUACCAUCUUCGAAGGGGAGAUCUACCGACCGACGAGCGAACAAUGCUGACUUCCUCUUGGAGUAUAUUAUCGCCAUUCUCAAGUCCAUCGAUCUGAAAGGCAGUACGGGUCAGGCUGAGGAGUUGUUGAAGGAUUUCCUUGGAAGAGACAAUGCGAGAUUAUUUUUGCACGAACUGGAAGCCUGGUUAAGGAGCCCCUAUGAAUACCUGAGAGAUUGGGAUCGUGCUGUGCAAUAUGCGAUAACAGAACCAAACGAAACUAGGACGAGUCGAUUUCAAGGCGGCACCGAAUCCUACCGCCAUCCGAGACCGUCUUCGUCUUCGAAUGAUACGAUAUCUGUGCCCCGUUGGUUUUCGGACAGAUUUGUACUUGAAGAUGACCCUAUUCGAACUGGACCGAUCUGA